AUGUGGUUCGCAAGAAACAACAAUGCCUACCGGGACACCUGGUGCCCACCGGCACAUUCGCAUUCGCUGCCACUGGGUUCGAAAGUUGUGGUGGAACUUGUGAUCUGUAUGCACCGGAUGAUGGAUUGGUGGCAGAACGAUUUUGAUCUCGACGAGAUUCUGAGGAUUCGAAGACACGACCUGGACGGCUUCCGGUUCUCGAAGACACAGGUGCCUGUCUCUUGGACGGAGGCGGAUUUCUAUGUGACCCGGCCCCUUCCACCGACGAUUGCUGCUGGGCCUGGGGUUCUCGUGGACGGUGCUGGGGAGGCCUGGCGAGCCGGAGAUGUGAAGGAGCCGGAGAAGGAGAAGGACAAAAAGAAGAAGAAGGACAAGAAGAAAUCUAAAAAAAAGGGCAAGAAGUCAAGCGACUUGUCUGGUGGCUCCUCGAGCGAUCCUUCGUCCUCGAGCUCGGAUGAUGAAUGUUCCGUGGAGGACUUCGCCGAUGCAUCGGCACUUUUCGGGCUGAAUAAGAAGGAUAUGGGGAGAUCCUUCGAUGCAGCCGUCCUCCUGGACCUGGAGCCCAGGCACAUGGCAGUAGUUGUGAGUGGUGUUACCACCCACACACUCCCCAACGAUAUCUUUGAAAUGGGAGGCGAGCUGGAUCCUUGCCUCAAAUUCUUUGCUAACAUCCUGGGUCCUGAGGAAGCACUUCUGAGAGACCGGGCGGCCACAGCGAAAAAAAACCGGGCGAAGGCCGACGAGUCGGAGGCAAAGUUCGAGGUGAAACGCAAGAAGGCGGCGGAAAUGGAGCCGGAGGGGGAAGCUGAUCCUGGCAGCCCAGCGGCUGCCGACUCUGCUUCGGAGUCUGAGGGGGAAGGGGAGCCUAAGGAUGAUGAUGAUGAUGAUGAUCGCGAUGUGUGGGCCGGGCAGUUUGCACCGAAGCGAAACAAGGCGGAGUCGGGCAUGGAGGACAGGUUGGCUAAGUUGCCAUCUAAGUUCAAGUCUACGAUUGACAGUUUUGAAGCCGGCUUGCUGGAGCACAUCCCCCAGAACCUCUCGCAGUGCCCCGGCUAUUGGAUUUGUUCGGAGCUGUCUGUAUUUGCAGCCUUGGCCUAG